AUGGGGUCUCCAUGGAAACGGCGCGUCACGACAGUCGGAGGGGCGCAGGACGGCGGGUAUAAAAGGGGCUUCGGGCCGUGGGGGGCCAGACGGACAGCGAGGCUCCGCAUGAAGAUGCUGCACCAGACCCAGCAACUCCUCCACACCUGCAGCAGAGAUCCAGAGCUCUGCAUCAUGAUGGAGCCCAGAAGCCGCCCAUAUGAGAGGAGCCUCAGUGGCGGCUCCCGUCCCGGGACGGUGCGCCGGAGCUUCACCAACAGCCGGGAGCGCUGGCGGCAGCAGAACGUCAACGGGGCCUUCGCCGAGCUGCGCCGCCUCAUACCCACCCACCCCCCCGACAGGAAGCUGAGCAAGAACGAGAUCCUGCGCCUCGCCCUCCGCUACAUCGGCUUCCUGGACCGGCUGGUGGUGGACCAGAGCCAGAGAGCGGCCCCCCGGGGCCGAGCCGGGAGUCUGACCGAGGAGGAGGAGGAGGAGGAGGAGGAGGAGGAAGGCGGGCUGUCCUCCAACUCCAGCUGCCAGAGUUCAGAGGAUGCAGACUCUGACUGCGUGAUGGAGGAGCAGAGCCACCUGGAGUACCCCCACCUGCACAUCAGAUCCGGCUGA